AAAACGGUGGCAGAAGCUGUUUGAUAUCAGUCUGAUCUUCACCAGCAUAAACAAGAUGAAGCUCUGCAUCCUGCUCAUGUUCGGGACCCUGUUGGCCCUCGUUUACGGAAUGCCGCCGAUCAGCAGGGACUACAACACACACUGUCGCUGCCUUCAGGUGGAGUCGAGGAUCAUCCCUCCGGACAACCUGAGGAGCAUCAAGCUCGUCCCUGAAGGGCCCCACUGCCCGGAUAUGGAAGUCAUAGCUGGACUGUCGAGCGGGGAGAAGGUGUGCCUAAACCCUCGGUCCUCCUGGGUGAAGAAACUCAUCCACUUUGUGCUGGAGAAACAGCAGUUAGGGGCCGUUUCCAAAAAUCAGGGAUAAGAUGAUGCAAAUUCAAACCAUGUUGCAAAUGAAGCCGUUGGAAGUAACUCCUCUCUGCAACUAUGAGCCAUUAUGCAGUUUUACUUUAAUAAAUAUUUUACCCGGGUUGUGCAACUUAGAUAACUUUUUUUUGUAGUCAGUGUUAUUUCAGCUGAUGUUUUUUUUAUUCACUAAGUGACAUGUAAACAAUUUUUUUAAAUAACAUUGAUUCUGGAUUUAUAUUGUGUAAGUGUUAGAAAGAGCACAAAAAUAUGCAUACGUCAGUAAAGAGUGUUGAAGGGGGUUUGUGUGAGUUUUGGUAUUUAAUUGUUUUUACAAAAGAGUGACUUGAAAUGUCAAUCAUUACUCUGUAGAAAGUUUGGUCAUGUGACCUGUUGAAAGCAGAAAAUGUAGCAAGAAAUAUGUAAUUCAGUUAUUCUAAUAUGUAACAUGUCAUUUCUGUGCAAUACUGUGUGAAGCUUCUCCAACAAUGGCAAGAAAUUGUCCCUUGCUAUCACUAUACAUAAUGUGAGGCUUAAAUUGAAAUUAAAUAAUGUUUAAAAAGUAAAA